CAGCCCCGUCCCCCUCAUAUCGCUCUCCACCCAGCCCUAGAAUAAAAACCACCGGUGACGUGCGCGCAGGGAAGCACCCAGCAGUAUGUGCGCGCCCACGGGAGGGGCCGAUAGAAAAUGGCGAGUCUGUGCAAAAGGCAGCAAUGCACGAUAGAGAGGCGCGGCUUUCGGCAGGAACUUGACUCUUGGAGGCACAAACUCAUUCACUGUGUAGGCUUUGAAAGCAUCUUGGAAGGCUUGUUUGGGCCGGGACUAGUCAAAGACAUCACCCUUUUCCAAGACUGCGAGCCAGAGGAGGUGUCUGACUGGUCCUUUGAUGAAAACUGUCUCUUCUGCUGCUUAAGACGUGAGAAAGUCAAGGAGCACAGCGUGGAGAACGGUGGAGGCAGCCACGUGCUGUCGGAGUGUGAAGACUUCAAACAGGAGCAGUCUCGGAUCAGCCGACUGGAGAGACAGGCUCAAGACUUCCUCAAUGCUGUGUUCCACAGAAAAGACCUCCCAAGUUUCUCAGACCCUCACAUUCCUCUAGUGGCUCGUGAGAUCAUGCAGCGAAUGAUCCGCCAGUUCGCUGCUGAAUAUACCUCAAAAACUACUCAGGACGACCCGCCCCUGCCCAACGGCACCAUGAAGGACCAAAGCCUGCCAAAAGCGGUGUCUCUGGCCCCGGCCCCCAGCUCUCCGCCCGGGCCACUGGCUGCGCCAAACUCUCCUCCAUCAUCUGCCUCCUCCUCUCCAUCCCCGACCCCGGGACAAUGCUUCAGCCCCACCUCCGCUGCUGCUGCCUCAGCACUCGCCUGCACCCAGAGCAGCAACAGUACGGGAGCCAGUAAUGGUGGGGGGGGAGGAGGAGGAGGUACGGCUGCUGCCUCUGCACAGAAUCCCGUCCUCAGUAAGCUUCUCAUGGCCGACCAGGACGGCCCGUUGGACCUCACCGUUAAGAAGAACCAGGCUGAUCCAGAGCCCAGCCAGCAGGAUGGCGUCCUAGACCUCUCCACAAAGAAGAACCACAGUGCAGGCAGCCCCAAAGCUUUGCUCAACUUCACCCCCAAACCUGGACUCAAAGGACUUUCAAUCAAAGCAGAUCAUACCCUGCCAGAGGCGGAAGAGGAGGAUGGGCUGCUGCAGAAAAGUUUGCAGGACGCAAUGAGGGAGAACUACGUCAACUCUAACUCCUUCAAGCCCCCACUGGCCCGCUCGCUGCGUAUUAAGGAAGAGCUUCUCAGCCAGAAGCAUCGCCUUCUGAGUCAACCUCCUGCUCUUUCACUGUCUAAUCUAGAGUCAGCUGGCUUGCUCAGUCAUAGCCAGUCCCAUUCCUUGCUUGGCCAAAAGGGUUCUUCUUCAUUUUGGGGAAGUAAGGCUCACCUUGAAAGCCUAAUGAAGCUGAAGCAGGCCAGUGGAGCUUUGAGCGACCUCAAAGACCUGCCUACAUUCCUGGAGCAUCAACACCACAACCACCACGGAGCCUUCACCUUUAAGAGUUCCCUUCAUCAUCACCACCACAAUCAGGUUUCCAAGGCCCAACAUCAUCACAUUGAAGGAAAGAGAGACCAAGGCCACUCUCCGCCUGUUGACCUGAAAAUCCCCCAGGUUCGGGGCAUGGAUCUUUCCUGGGAUUCCCAUUCCUCUGAGCUUUAUGGCUACGGUGCAAUGGGGGUCGGGGGUGGUGGCCAUGGGGACAACACUCUGAGCCGGAAGCUAAGAGCCAUUCUGCCAAAGCAGAACCGCCGAGGAGGAAGCCUUGGGAGCCUCUUGGAUGGGGCUGCUGAAUAUUGGAACUCAGACUUGGACCACUCAAGUUCUGGGCCGGCGUACUCCAUCUCAGAUGUGGAAGGGGACCCAAGCUCCAAGCAGCCAAGGAAGAAGAGAGGCCGAUAUCGCCAGUACAACAGUGAGAUUCUGGAGGAGGCCAUAGCUGUAGUGAUGAGCGGGAAGAUGAGCGUGUCCAAGGCACAGAACAUGUAUGGGAUCCCACACAGCACCCUGGAGUACAAGGUCAAGGAGCGCAUGGGGACCCUGAAGAACCCCCCAAAGAAGAAGCUCAAGCUGAUGAUGAAGAUGGAAGCAGGAAGCCAGGAGUUUCCCAACGAGUCAGAGAACACGCCCACUGCAACCCCACGAGGCGACGGUGCAUCGCUAGCAGCUGCCGAGCUCAAGGACAAUGUAAAAGAAGAAAUCGAUGAUGAUUUCAAACCGAUCGACUAAACGACUUACACAUGUAAACCUCAACUGACUUAAGUAAUUUGAAAAUGGAUGGGGCUUUAUUUGUGCCAAUUUACUUUGCAGUAUCUGGGUGAGCACAAAUGCAGGGAUUAUAUGAGGAGGAUUCUUAA